CCGUAGACAGUGGGUCGAAAGUGCCGAUCAAAAUGGAAGUGAAUCCCCCCAAACAGGAGCACCUGCUGGCCCUGAAAGGUCCUGUUUCCCUCUGAUUUGGAAAGAGAGCGAGUCUUGUAAUUAUAAAUUACAUUCUAGCUCUGAGGAGCUCAGCUAAGAAAUUUUCUCUUCAUUGAGUAACUGGAUUACUGCAGAAUGACUACGGAAGUAAUAUUACAUUAUCGACCAUAUGAGAGUGAUCCCACACAACUGCCAAAAAUUGCAGAGAAAGCAAUUCAAGACUUUCCUACACGUCCACUAUCGAGAUUUAUUCCUUGGUUUCCACAUGAUGGGUCCAAACUUCCACUCAAACCUAAAAGAUCACCACCUGUGGUUUCUGAGGAGGCAGCUGAAGAUGUGAAACAGUACUUAACCAUUUCAGAACAUGAUGUUAAAUCACAGAGUUAUGAUUGCACAGUAGAUCUAUUGGAGUUUCAACCUGAUUUGAAAAAAAAGAAGCACUUGAUCCAGUCACACACACUGAAUGAACUGACUAAUUCUGGAAAUCUGGAUGAACAAUCAGAAAAAGGAAAACGGUUCAAGAAGAGGUCUUGGAGUGUUUCACUUCCCUGCAGUAAUAGUACUGAAAAUAUUUUUCCAUUGUCCAAAAAAUUGCAAGACAGUUUAAAGGCACUAAAUUUGCACUCACUUUAUAGAGCAAGAUGGACAAUAGAACACAAUAUUUGUAACAACCAAACUCUGGAAGACAUUUGGACAAAGCUCAAUCAAAUUAUCAGGCACAAUGAACUACCAUCUUGUAAUGCUACAAUUCAGAGACAUUUAGGCCAAAUAUGGGUGUUCUGUGAUGUUAUGUACUGUGAAUAUGUAGGAAAUCUUCUUAAAGGAAGAUUAGCUCUUACUGGGAAAAUUGAUUUAUUUGUGCGUAAAUACGGCGUUAUUUUUAGUAUGUAAUGAAUUCUACUGAUUGUCAAAAAGAAGAAUAUUCUGAAUGAACUGAGUAUGAACUGCAGUAGUGAAAUGAACAUUUUUUACCAGUUUUUAAAUUUUUAAUGACUUAAUUUUUUUUAUUUGACCCUUUGGUAAUAUAGCCAAUUUAUUCUUAACAUUGUGAAAAAUAAUUGUAUGGUAAUAUGUGUACAGUCUUUAUCCCAGAAAUAAAUAACUACCAGGUGAAUUCCUAGGCUUGUCAAUUAAGUCAAGAACUUUCUGGAUUAUACUUCCUUUAAAUAAAUUGUGGUGGGGCCGGCCCUGAGGCCUGGUGGAUAAAGGUUAAGUUCGACAUGCUUUGCCUCAGCGGCCCAGGUUCAUAAGUUCGGAUCCUGGGCUCAAACCUACACCACUUGUCAGCCGUGCUGUGCCGGCAACCCAUAGACAAAAUGGAGGAGGAUUCACACAGGUGUUAACUCAGGGCCAAUCUUGCUCAAGCAAAAAAAAGAGGAAGAUUGGCAACAGAUGUUAGCUCAGGGUGACUCUUCCUCAGCAAAACAUAAAUAAAUAAAUAAAUUGUGAUAAAUUAUUAUUUAUACUGAAUUUCAAAUCUUCCUCAGCAAAAAGUAAAUAAGUA